AUGUCCAUGUUCUUCACAUAUCAGGAACAAGCCAUCAUGAUGUCAGUCAUGUGGUCCAUUGGCAAUUCUAGUCCAAUCACUUCUGGCUUUCUCUCAUAUGGCGUCUUAUGGAUCAAGACUGGGUCAUUUCAUCCCUGGAAAUGGCUUAUGGUGAUUACUGGUGUAUUGACCAUCAUUUUCGGCGUUUUUGUGUAUCUGCUCUUCCCUGAUAGCCCACUACAUGCGACAUUCCUCACAUACGAAGAACGGGCUCAAGCAGUUUUGCGGAUAAAGGAAAAUAAUUCUGGCAUUGAGAAUAAGCAUUUCAAAAAGCAUCAAUUCAUCGAGGCAGUCAAGGAUCCCAAGACAUGGCUGUUUGCCUUGCACGCACUUUCUCAAGAGAUGGGCAACGGAAUUAACAACCAGACCUCGUUGAUUAUCAGCUCUUUUGGGUUUACUGUUUUCCAAACAACGCUACUCAGCACUGUAUCUGGCGUCAUAGCCUUUUUCACGCUCUCGGCAGCUGCAAUCACAUUAUACAAAACUCGGAACGCCCGAGCUUGGAUUUCACUUGUUGCAUAUAUACCCGCCGUAGUAUCCAGUAUUCUUCUUUUGGCUCUACCGUGGUCCAAUCGCUGGGGUCUCAUAGUGGGCGUUUGGUUGCGGUACACAACUGGCGUACCGUAUGCCGUUGUCAUGAUCUGGGCCGCCAAUGCUUCCGCUGGCCAUACAAAGAAGACGACAGUCAUUGCUCUCUAUCAUGUCGGGUACGGAUUGGGAAAUAUCAUUUCGCCUCAGCUGUUCGAGCCUCGAUGGAAACCUCGAUACAAACCGACGUGGAUCAUUUUGUUGGUCUUCUCCGCGAUUCUUCCCUCCAUCGUCAUUGGCGUCCUUCGAGUAUAUCUAUCACGCGAGAAUAAACGCCGUGACAAGCUCGAAGCGGAAAAUGAUGUUGCCAGCAACGGAUUUGUAGAAACCACGACUACCGACGGAAUUAAAGUUGUCCAUGAAGUGGAUACUAAUCAGCUAGAUUUGACGGACAGAGAAAAUCUCAAAUUUCGAUACGUCCUUUAA